UAAUCAAAUGACCGAGCGUGUAAGAAAAGAAAUUGCCCCAGUUCUACCUCUCGCAUUUAAUAUUGACCGUCGGAUACUUUUCCCAGAUGGAAAAGCCGGAGCCUACCGUCCGAUUCAAGUUAGAAAUGAACAAGACCGAGUAGAGAGAGAAGAGAUUGACGCGACGGCCCCGAAAAAGUUCGCCAGUGCGAUCUGGUCACCUCCUCUCCCUUUCAUCUCCGUCGCGGACUCGCAGCUCCUUGGUUGCGCUAGUCCAUCGGGUGAGCUUACCCCUCCUGUUCUGUACUCUCAACUACCCUGUCCACCCCUUCUUUAUUCUCCCCUCCGCGGAGCAGCAGCUGAAUCCCUCGUCGGAGAGGAGGAACAGGUGGUCGUUUGGGAGCUCGUUCCGGAGAUGGCCAUCGUGGAGACCAUGAAGGGCGUCGAUCUGGCGUCUGCCGUGAGCUCCUCCGCCCCCGUCGACGGCGUCUUAGCGCCGGAGCUCCGCAGCACAAAGGAUCUGACUGUGCCCGAAAUACGCAGUCACCGAGACGCGUCCGCAGACACCUUCCUCUCGACUACCAAGGAUGUGACUGCGUCUGCGGCACAGAGGCCUACCGGCGUCGCCUCCACCACCGGAGACGAGGGGUUUAAGCGGGAGAUGCGGGACCUGGAGGAGCUCCUGUCGAAGCUGAACCCGAUGGCUCAGGAGUUCGUACCCCCGUCGCUCACGGCGAUGGGGAAUAGCUUCGGCGCCGACGGAGUUAUUUAUCCGAAUGGUCUCGGGGUUGGCGAUGGUGUUGGGAAUGGUGGCAGGCGGAAAAAAAAUGGAUAUGGUCAUGGGAGGCGUCGGAUGAAUAGCCGGACCAGUAUGGCACAGCGAGAUGAAGUGAUUAAAAGGACUGUGUAUGUUUCGGACAUUGAUCAUCAGGUUACUGAAGAGCAGCUCGCAACACUUUUCGUUCAUUGUGGGCAGGUUGUUGAUUGUCGCAUGUGUGGGGACCCAAAAUCAGUUCUUCGGUUUGCUUUCAUAGAGUUCACUGAUGAGGAGGGUGCCCAAGCUGCUUUAAGUCUGUCAGGGACUGUUCUUGGAUUUUAUCCCGUAAGAGUGCUUCCUUCGAAAACUGCAAUUGCACCUGUCAACCCCACAUUUUUGCCUCGAUCUGAUGAUGAGCGUGAGAUGUGUUCAAGGACUGUCUACUGUACAAAUAUUGACAAGAAGGUGUCUCAAGCAGAUGUUAAACUCUUCUUCGAAUCUAUUUGUGGAGAGGUUUAUCGCUUGAGACUUCUUGGAGAUUAUAAUCAUUCCUCAAGAAUUGCGUUUGUUGAAUUUGUGAUGGCUGAGAGUGCGACUGCUGCUCUGAACUGUAGUGGUGUGGUUUUGGGAUCCUUAUCCAUAAGGGUAAGCCCCUCAAAGACUCCCGUGCGACCUCGUGCACCUCGCUCGCCAAUUCAUUGAGUCACACAUCUUUAUGAGCUGGUCUGCGGCAGUACAUACACACUUAAUACAGAGAUAUGGAAAGUUAUCUUUUAGUUGAUAAGUUAUUUCCAUGUAGUUUUCCCUCCCAUAAAUGGUUGGAUUUUCCUUUGCUCACGAAGGUGUUCUGAACAUUUAAGGCUUUGAAACAUUUAUCCGAGUUCACAGA